AUCUUACGGUAUUAAAAAAAGGCAGAAGAAGAACUUCCCUCUAUUCCAUACAAAACAAGCCAAAAGUCUCUCUGUGCUCGCUGCUCUCUGCUCUCAUUUGGGUAUACAAAAAAUUGAAGCGAUGGAUUUGUCUUGCAUCCUUGUUAGUACAUGUUUAUUCUGUUCAAUGUUUCCGAUCUCGUUGGCUGCUAAACCUGAUAAUCAUGCUAAUGACCUAACCAUCCAACAGAUCCAUGAUGAAUGUUUACCAGAAUCAGGAGACUCGUCGUCUUCUCUAGGUCUAUUCCCACCAAACCCAAAUGGCCAAUCUUUGGAUACUCCCUCAGCCGCCUCACCUUUUUUGCUAAAUGCCGAACUUUCUGCAGAACAACCACCAAUCACCGCCGCGGAGCAGAACCAGUGUCUGCAAUCUGGGACUAGUGAUAUUGAAGAUGGUGAAGAGCUGCUGCCAAGAGGCCAGCAGGACAACAUAGGGAGGAUGGAGACAAGAACUCAAGCAUUGGAUCUGGGAUGGACUUUCCUUAGACUCACUUUCCAAGCAUUACUGUUAAUGGUGAUUUGCCACUUCCAGGCUCCAUCAACAUCAGCAUCACCAUCAACAUCAACAUCGCCAUUGUCUUCUUCUUCAAUGAGGUUUCAUGUUAUUGGGGCUGCUAUGCUGAUUGGUUUCGCUUUCACCAUGAUUGGGAUGUCGUUGCACAACGCAUACCCAACCGCUGCAAGCAUUGGUGAGCACACUGGCAUGUUUUCUGCUGCCUUUGGGUUCUUGGUGAUGACUGGAACCUUCCUCCCUGAUAGAUUGAAUUGGUCUGUGUUGCCUGUUGCUGGUGUUGUCCUCUUUCUUGGGUUUGUCUUUGUCCUUGCAAACAUCAGGCAAAGAUGAUAUUAUAUAUACUUUGGUUAAUGCCUCAGACCCCCACUGGCAAUGACCCCCAGGGCCCCACUGGGGUGUGAUUGUGUGUGUGUGUGUUGGGGGGUGUCUGUUUUGGUGGUUUUAGGGCUGUUGUACUCGCUGUAAUAAAAUUUGUGACUCUAAAGCAGUUGAGCGAAAAAAAGUUUAGUGGGUGAAAAAAACUGAAGCAAAUGGAAGGUAAUUUUGGUGGUUUUAGGGCUGUUGUACUCGCUGUAAUAAAAUUUGUGACUCUAAAGCAGUUGAGCGAAAAAAAGUUUAGUGGGCGAAAAAAACUGAAGCAGAUGAAAGGUAAAUUUGACAUUAAAAAUUAGAUAAAUAAAUGACAUUACCUAGCUGGCUUCAUUUUUUAGUACCCAUCCAUGUGAGAAAUGGGGGUGUUCCUUUUGUAUGCUUCAUUUUUUAGUUUAUACAAAAUGGGUACUGCUUCCUUAUGCUA